AUGAGGCCUGGACUCGGCUUCGAGAGUGUAGAGCCGCGCCCUCGCAAGUCCUCCGUUGCCGGAUCUCCCUCCUUGACGGGUGAACGCAGCAGCGCACCUCCGACUACGUUCUUCCUCUCGCGUGAUCCCGACGGGCCAAGGCCACGAUCGGAGAGCAACACUAAUCUUCUACCAACAAGUUGUCCCGUAAGCAGCCUCCAGGACACCAUUCAAGAGGCGGAAGCAUCUGGCAAACAUGCCACCAUCCAGCCAUCGGAGGUGAGAAGUGGCAGUCGACGAAGAUCUACUAUAAAACCUGGCAAUGGAGACCGCUUGAGACGCGGCUCCUCUACUGCGCAUGGGGAGAGAAACCAGUCAAGGCGUGCUCGAGAGAUUACUCCGUCACCUCUACCAUCUCGUGAUGUCUCUCUUCCCAACAGUCCAAAGUCCGGCUCGUCCAGAUCCCUUCAGCAAUCCGAUGACGAAAUGACUACGGAUGAGGCUGGGAGUCAAGUGAUCGGGUCAAGUGAAGACGACGAGAUAGAACCUUCGGCAGUCGUGCAGGACAGCCAGCCGGAACUGAUAAUGCCGAGCAUCAAGAUGCCUAGCCGAAGACCGUUCACCGGACGAGGCAAGCGUUUAGGGAGGUUCAAGAUCAUGGUUGCAGGAAGAAAAGCAGGUACGGGCAAGACAUCUCUGAUCAAGUCGAUUGUUCAGCUAUGCGAAGACAUAGUCCACGUCGAUCCGGUGCCGUCGUCCUCGAAACCUGGUCUAUCAGCCGGAAACCCCCCGCGAGCACCAGAUACGGUGACCGAGAUCUAUGCAAGUACAAAGCCAUAUCCCGCUUGGUGGUCGAAUGUGGAAGAAAGCCGAAUAUUAAGGAGAAGGAAGAGCAUGGGGGAUUCUGUUCUAGAACGGAACAUCUGUUUUGUCGACACAAGCGAUUCGAUCAAACUGGACAAGCUUGUUCACUAUAUCGAGCAACAGUUGAUGAACGUCAUGACAUCCGUUAACCAGUUUACUCACGAGUUCUCAGGGUUGUUGAGUGGCCGCGGUUCUUGUCAAGUCGACGUGAUACUGUACUUGGUUUCUAAAGAUCAUGUACAAGAUGAUUGCGACCGGAUCCGGCAACUUUCAGAGCUAUGCAAUGUUAUACCGCUCGUAGCAAAAUCAGACCUGCUCACUCCCGAAGAGCAAGAAGAAGUCAAACGAUCAAUAGAUCUCAGUGUGGUUACCUUGCCGCGGUUACCUACGUCUUUGAUGGCGGACCCAGAGGCUACGGAAAGGGCAGUCGCUCCAUAUACUGUGACAUCGAUCAACGGCCCGGACCUAGACACCAUGGACGCAUCACUGCUCAUGUCGCCCGAGUAUGUCCAGCCAUUAUUACCAUCAGAACUGAGUCUCCUCGUAGAGCAGAUAUUCGAACCCGACACGGUGGCGUAUCUGCGGCAUACCUCGGCACGCAAGUCUGUGGCAUGGCAUGCGACUCACCCUAGGCUGACCUUUAUGCCGUCACCGUCACUUCCAUCGGUGCACAACUCUACCCUUGCAUCACCGCUGCCAACAUCAUUGAGUAAUUCGGGUGUGUUAAUACCAGUGGGAUCAGAGGUGUCCCUGAAUACUUCCAAUAGCUGGGCCCUGGCGAGAGUCGCAGAUCACUCUCAGCGUGAAGAACGCUUGGCCCAAGUCCGACUGUCGAAAUGGGCAAGUGAACUGCAACUCAGUCUUCAGCGCGAACGAGAAAGAUAUGAGCGGUUGGCUCGAGGAGAACGAGCGAUGUGGCUCGUUGACAGACUCGGCGAAGAAGUCCGCGAAGGACAAAUUUUGCCGCGAGAGGGCUCGCACGCCUUGGUACACAAGCGCGGCAAGUCUGGUUUGAUGUAUGAUGAACUUCCCAGUUAUCAAAUGCACGACCCCCUGGGCUUGUUGCGUUGGCAAGACAGCAUGCGGACGCAUGGCUGGAUUGCUCUUCAAAUAAUAGGCAGUUUCGGCGUGGUGGGAGGGAUUGCUUUCUGGGCUGUGAAGACCUGGGGCUUGACAGCCAGUAUCAAUGACUGGGCUCAAGGAUGGCAUAUCCCAUGGCUUGGAAAUGAUUACUGA